CAUCUCAACUCAACUUCUCAACUGCCUGCCCACGCUACGUCGCGGCGCCGCCCGGGUUUCUCCUCCCUCCCCUCCCCUCCCGUCGCCAACAUCGCGAUGAGAUCAAUCCCCAAUCCCCAUCCUCCCCGGAACCCUAGCUAGCUAGCUGUUGCUCGCUCUCCUCCCUCCCUCCCUCGUCUCCCCUCCUCCGCUGCUGCGGCGAUCGUCGGGCCCGGCCGGGAAGAUGGGCGCGCUCGGCCCCGACACCCACCAGCUCUACCUGCAGCUGCAGCUCCUCUCCGGCCAGGACGCGAGCAAAGCUCAGCCGCCCUUCUUCCACCCGACUCCGACUCCUCCUCCGCACGCGCCGGGCUCUAGCUCUAGCUACGUCGCCGGCGCCCACGGCCCGGUGGACGACUUCGUCUACGGGUUGGUGCCGGGCGCGGGGAACGGCACGCUGGCGCCGGGGGAGGGCUCGCCGAUGCUUGGCCACAGCGCGUUCCUGGAGAACGACCAGUUCGUGGACGGCUUGGAGGACCCGCUGGCGCUGAUGAGCGGCGACGAGUUGAGCGCCUUCUUGAGCGACGAGGCUGGCGGCGUGCCGCCGGAGUUCCUGGCGAGAUCGCUCGCGGCGUGCCAGACGGCGAUGGCCGACUCGCCGCCCGUGCCCCCCGCGGGCGUGCCGAGCCGGUCGUCCUCUGGUUCGCCCGGUCUGGGCUGCGCCCAGGCGAGACCCACUGACGACUCUCCGGCGGGCGGCCUGGAGGAGAUGCUGACGAGGAUGAGCGGCGACGACGACUUGAGCGCGUUCUUGAGCGACGAGGCGGGCGUCAACUCGCUGUCCAUGCCGCCGGAGUACCCGAUUAGAUCGCUGCUGGUGUACCAACCGGCCAUGGCCGACUCGCCGCCCGCGCCCACCGCGGCCGUGCCGAGCCAGUCGUCCUCCGGUUCGCCGGGUCAGGGAUGCGCCCAGGCCAGAGCCACUGACUCUCCGGUGGGCGGCGCUUAUCAGCCGGUGCCGGACUACUCGCAGGCCGCAUCCCUCGACGCGCCGCAGCAGGAGCCUGACAGCGAGACGGCGGAGGUGGCCCGGAUGGCUCACGUGGCGGCGCGGUGCGGCGACAAGCCGUCCACGGCGUGGUCCGUGGAGGAGGACCAGCUGCUGUUCCGAGGCCUCUCCCGGUUUGCCGGCCAAGACAAUGUCAUCCAGUGCCUCAACAUCGCAUCCGGGCUCGCGGAGAAGACCGCGCUUGAUGUCGCGUAUCGGAUCCGGUGGCUGUCAGACUUGAAGAAGAAAAAUCUGGGGCAAGAAAAAUCUGCAGUAGCAAAUGUUACAAAGGGAAAGGGAACCAAGGUUGCUAACAAGAAAAACAACAAACACCCCCUGUCCAAAGAGGCUCUAGAUUCCAGGAGCGUGGAAGACAUUAUUCGGGAUAAUAACAGGCUUAUGGAUAAAAUAGAAGAAAUCUUGAGAACAGGAGAGGUGAAUAACUGUCCAGACUACUUUUACCAUGUGAAGAUGAACAUGGAUGCUAUGCAGAACAAAGUAAAGGACCUGGCCUCUGUCAUGUUAGGACUCGCGGUAGGUGAUGAAGAAUGGGAGGACGUCUUGAAGGAUCGCCACGACACACCGCAGGCUGGAGAGGAUGCUGCCACCACCCCGGCGCCAUGAGCGUCGCUUUGAAAUGGCUCUUCCCAAGCGCUACUCGCUGUCCUUUUCUCGCCAUCGAUAGAAAUUGUGUGCCAGUGUACAUACAUGCCCUGUACAGACAUUAAUUCUUCUUUGUGAUGACAAGGUUGAGUUUACAGAUACAUUAGUUAGGUGGUUAAGCAUGGAUAAGGCUCACCCAUGCUUAAGUUUUUGCUUCCACACCGUGAAACUCCCUUCGAAAUAUUAUUUCUUUUCGACAUUUGUAUAUCUUUUGGACAUCUGGGAUGCUGCUGCUACCGGGUUAUGCUUCUAAAUAGAUCGAGUAAUUCUCUUUGGACACUA